GAGAUCUGACGUGACCUUGUCGUGCUGUGAGAUUCAUCCCCGGCGCGGCCUGCAGCAUUUAAGGUACCAGGACCAGUAUUACAGCCGACUGUACUGCCGGAUGUAUUUUCUUCUAAGCGACUAUCUGGACAGCUUUCACGAGCUUCUGACUGAAGCCCAGACACUGCAGAUCAAUCAAGAGGAUAUUGGAUUUACAAGGGUUCGAGAUAUACCGAUGAACUUCCGGCUAGAAGAUCUUCUGAAUGCUCCGCUGCCUCCAGGCUGGGUCAUGCUGGCUCAGAGAAUGGACAAUGCCGUGUGCAGGAACCAAGCCCGUAAGAAAGCCCUGAAUGAUGGUCUGACUUGUUGA